AAAAGGUUACUCUGAACAGAUGCCGUACGAGAGUGCACAAUGAGGCACUCGUCAACGCUUUGUAGCUGAAGAUAACUUCACAUCCCUGUCCUCCGCGUUUGAUACCUGGCUUUCUAUCUCUUCUGAUUUCUAUCUCCACAACAACUCCCGGACUCAAUCUUAAGUCGCAAGUUUCGAUUCGUAAUGGCAUCUGGGUCGUCAGGUCUGGCCAGCAAUUCUGGCUCCAAGGGUUUUGAUUUCGCUUCCGAUGAUAUCCUUUGCGCCUACGAAGACUACACCAUUCCGGAGAACUCUACCAGGGGCCAAUCUGAUCUUGCAAUCGGUUCCAACUCCGGGAAGGAGCUCCAUAAAAACAGAAUGACAAGAUCAUCAAUGUUGCCUACUCUGGCUUACCACCCGCCUGAAGGUUCUUCAUUCAAUCAAGAUGUUAUUGGUGCUGUUGACAAGAGUAUGAAGAAGCACACAGACAAUCUCAUGCGCUUCCUUGAGGGAAUUAGUUCACGUCUAUCUGAUCUGGAGUUAUAUUGUUACAAUCUUGAUAAAUCCAUUGGGGAAAUUCAUUCUGGUUUGGUUCAUGAUCAUGAAGACUCAAACAACAAACUCAAAUCUCUUGAGAAGCAUCUCCAGGAGGUCCACAGGUCCAUCCAGAUCCUGAGAGAUAAGCAAGAACUUGCUGAAGCUCAGGAGGAGCUAGCCAAGCUUCAGCUUGCACGUAAAGGACCAGCUUCAGCUAGCAACAACAUUUCUCAGCAAGAUGGAGAGAGAACGCCUCAUCGUCCCUCUUCUUCUGAUACCACCAAUAUGCACAGUCAUAAUAACCCCCCGGAACUCCAGGGGCAGCAAUUUUCACUGUCAUCUCCACACCCAAACCAAACAGUAGUAACACAGACUGUCCCGUCUCUUCCAUCCCAAGUUAGCAUUGCACAGCCACAGGGUUACUAUCUGCCACCACCAGCUCCUCCUAGUCAAUUCCUCCCUCAAGGUGGUCAACAGACUCAACACAUGCCCCCUUCUAACUCUCAGUUCCUGAAAUUUGCUAACCUGCCACCGCAUCCUUCUUCACAAGCUCAACCAGUUCAGGCCUCCCACUCUCAAUCAGAACCUUCAUAUCAGCAGCAGUGGUUGCCACCUCAGCAACAAAUCCAACAACCGUCUGAUGUUUAUCUCUCAUACCCGCCCAACCAACCAAAUCCCGCUCCUGAGAUGCGUCCAAAUAAUAUGUCCUCUGGAAUUUCCCAAGCAGCCCCUAAUCGUUCCGAUGGAAUGCCAUAUGGCAAUAGGCCAGCUCAGCAGCUGCAGGCUCCAGCUAACCAUCAUCUCAAGCCUGCAUUUGGAACUCCUGGGGAUGGGUAUGGAAAUUCUUAUGUAAUGUAUGAUGGUAGUGAAGGAGAAAGGGGUCAUCAUCCUCCAACAUUCCCACAAGGCAGUUAUCCUCCUCAUCUGGCACUGCCUGCUGUAAACACUAAUGUGAUGGCUCAUCACCCCUCACAAAUGACGCGUAACCGUCCUCAUAACGAGUUGAUUGAGAAAGUGGUGAGCAUGGGUUACAGGGGUGAUCAUGUCAUUAAUGUGAUCCAGAGGCUAGAGGAGAGCGGCCAGGCUGUCGAUUUUAAUGCUGUGCUUGACAGACUGAAUGGGCAUUCUUCUGGAGGUGGCUUUCAUAAAGGAUGGUGAGUAAACCUGUAUCUUACCGCUGCGAUGUGGAUUAAUUAUUAUGCCUUUCACUGAACUGAAUUCAGUACGGAUGUGAUUAAAACUUGGUACAUAUUGCAUAAUGAUGUUCAAGAGAUGCACGGUAUUAUUUGUCUGUCAUCUCCUACCCCAGCUUUCACCCUUUAGUUGCAAUCAUCUUAUUUUAAAAAAUGCUGUAUUCUUUUACUGCGAUGCAGACCCUGAUUGUUAUAUAUUUCCAUUUGAGACGGUGUUUGAUACAUCAUAAUAACCUCUAUAAGCAUCAGUGAUAAAUUUGAUCAAUACCUUAAGCAUCA